AUGCGUAAUGAAUUAUCCACGAUUCAAAUGCAAAUCAAUCAAACAACAAAUGAAUCGCUGGAAUCAACUCGACGAAUGCUUACUCUUUGUGAAGAGAGUAAAGAGGCUGGCAUUCGAACAUUAGUUAUGCUUGAUGAACAAGGGGAACAACUUGAUGCUAUCGAUUCGGGUAUGGAUCGCAUUAAUGCUGAGAUGCGUGAUGCAGAGAAGAAUCUGGAAGGCUUGGAGAAAUGCUGUGGUCUGUGCGUACUUCCAUGGAAAAAAUCGAAAAAUGUCGAAAAAAGUGCAGCAUAUAGUAAAACAUUCAAAGGUAAUGAUGAUGGUAAAGUGAAUUCAUCGGGCCCUCGCCAAAUCGUUGCACAGAACGGCGUUGGGCCAGGCUCUGGCUAUAUCCAAAAAAUUACCGGCGAUGCACGAGAAAACGAAAUGGAAGACAAUCUUCAGCAGGUCAGUACAAUGAUUGGAAAUCUGCGAAAUAUGGCGUGUGAUAUGGGCAAUGAAAUUGAAAAUCAAAAUAAUCAAAUCGAUCGUAUUAAGGGCAAAACGGAGAUCAGUCAAGUGCGUAUCGAAGGUGCCAAUAAACGAGCGAAAACUCUAUUGAAAACAUAG